ACCUGCCUCUGGUUAGAGUUCGGGACGCGCACGUGUUGCCCGGGCACUAAUCAGAGAGCUAUUUAGUCUACGCCCUGGCCUCACUCGGGCUGGUGGUCUUCUGUUACACUUGCGAGGCAUUGUGAUGCCGGAGGUCGUCUUUUCAAGAUGCAGAGGGAUGUCAGGAAGCGGCUUGCAGAACCUGCAGGAGCAGCAGCGACAUGUCCAUCUGGUCCUGCAACGCCUACUAGAGAACUGGCUGUUUGUGAAAGCGGAAAAAUGUGAGUUUCACACGCCUUCGGUGGGAUUUCUGGGAUAUAUCAUUGAGAAGGGACACAUCAGAGCCGACCCCAAGAAGGUCGAGGCGGUGAUGGAGUGGACCCAACCCACCACCCGUACAGAACUGAGACGGUUUCUGGGAUUCGCUGGGUUCUACCAUCGAUUCAUCCGGGACUUGUUAGCUGCUCUUCUCCAUGCCCUCACCUCUACGCUUCUUCCCUUCCAGUGGACCAAAGAGGCCAGUGUGGCCUUCAAAAGCCUGAAGGAGAGCUUUAUCUCCCCCCCUGUCCUCAUCCACCCCGAACCAGACAACUCGUUCACUGUGGAAGUGGAUGCAUCUGAUUCGGUUAUCGGGGCGUUACUCUCCCAGCGCUCUUGUGUGGAUAAGUGGCUACACCCAUGUGCCUUUUUUUCCAGACGCCUCUCGCUGGAGGAACGCAACUAUGAUGCGGGGAACAGAGAACUGCUGGCAGUACAUGAGGCACUGACGGAGUGGAGGCACUGGCUUGAGGGGGAAAACAUCUGUUCCUGGUUUGGACUGACCACCGCAACCUAAUCCACAUCCUUUCUGCCAAAAGACUGAACGGGCGUCAGGCGCGCUGGCACAGAUUUUUAGUCGUUUUAACUACACUCUCUUGUUCAGGCCGGGCUCUCGCAACACUAAGGCUGACUUCCUCUCCCGACAGUUCACAGAAGGGCCCACCACCACACUUACGGCAGAGCCCAUCCUCCCUCCUGCUCGGAUAGUGGGUUCCAUCGCUCACUAUCAUUCGUCCGGCGGUGGUUCUGGUGGCCAUCGAUGGAGUCAGACACCCGGGAGUUUGUUGCCGCUUGCACCACAUGUUCCUGUAACAAAGCAUCCCACAGUCCCCCGGCGGGCCUCUUAUGGCCCCUACCUGUCCCCGGCCGACCCUGGUCCCACAUCGCCAUGGAUUUCGUGACGGGAUUUUCCGUC